ACUAAGAAGAGGCUAAGAAGGCGUGUGAUGUUCUGUUUUAGUACUUGUACAGACAGGAGUCCGCUUCAAGUACAUAGCUGGAGUACUCAUUGAGGGAAUGAAGAACUGGCUGUGACCCUAUUAUCAUGAAAACCCCCUAGUAAUGGACAAAUGAGUGCGUUCCGGAGAAUGAGAUUCAGCUGUUUGCGGGGAAGGAACAGAGCACAAAAUGAAUGAGGCAAUUCGGUGCACCCUAGUAAACUGCAUUUGCCUGGGUUUCAAACCUGGAAAAAUCAACACACGCCAUUGUGACCAGUGCAGACAUGGAUGGGUAGCACAUGCACUCAGUAAACUUCGGAUCCCGCACUUCUAUCCUAACAGUCAAGUGGAGAUUGUUCAGUCCAGUGUAGUAUUUGAUAUCAGCAGCCUAAUGCUCUAUGGAACCCAAGCCAUUCCCAUCCGUCUCAAAAUCUUGCUGGAUCGCCUGUUCAGCGUCCUUAAACAAGAAGAGGUUCUUCAGAUUUUGCAUUCACUCGACUGGACCCUUCAGGAUUACAUUCGGGGUUAUGUGCUUCAGGAUGCUGCUGGAAAAGUAUUAGAUCAUUGGUCUAUAAUGACGGCAGAGGAAGAACUGGCUACUCUCCAGCAAUUUCUGCGUUUUGGGGAAACUAAAUCUAUUGUGGAGCUAAUGGCAGUGCAUGAAAAGGAAGGGUAUUCUGUUCUUGUUCCUACCACCAGAGCCAGUUCUGACAUUAGGGCUUUUAUUGAAAACAGCAGUCUAAGGAGCAGCCCCCUUCCACCACCAUCAUUGGAAAAAGCUUCACCAUCGGGCAUCCACCCGUUUGAGAGCAUGAUGAACAACAUGGCUUUUACAUUGCCCUUUCAGUUCUUCAGUCCUGUGCCUCCCCCACUAAUAGGAUCUCCACCAGAAAGGCCAUUCAAUGAAAGAGGUCAAGAAAGAGGGAAUGAAUACAAGCCAGAUACCCACAUAUCAUAUUCUGAGAGCAGCUUCUUAACUUCCAGUUCUGCAUCAUUUCUUUUGGAAAAUGAGUCCAGUGUGAGUGCUCAGGAUGUCAUUACCAAAACAGAAGACGAUAGCCCAUUAAGUGACUCUAGUUCACAUAACACCAUGACAAGCUAUGACAUGGCGUCCAUUUCUCCAGAGAGUAAAAUGAAGUCUGUUGAUCGAAACGGCACUGGACCAAGAAAAGGUCGAGUCUUCUGCACUGCCUGUGAAAAGACUUUUUAUGACAAAGGAACGCUAAAGAUACAUUACAAUGCUGUCCAUCUGAAGAUCAAACACCGUUGCACAAUUGAGGGGUGCAACAUGGUAUUCAGUUCUCUGCGUAGCAGAAAUCGUCAUAGUUCGAAUCCAAACCCAAGGCUUCAUAUGCCAAUGAACAGGAAUAACCGUGAUAAGGAUUUAAGGAAUGGCCUAAUCGUCUCUGUAUCUGAAGAUCACAAAAGACUGGGAUCAAAAUCUUCCUCUGUGGACCACAGACCUCCUCCUAACUAUGCCAGUCCUGGCACUGACUCAAAAAUGCAAUCUGGUGUUCUUAAUGUUGGACAAAGUUGUGUGCUUAUUCCAAAUCUGAAAACUGUACAGCCUGUUCUCCCUUUCUAUCGAAGUCCAGUUACACCUGCAGAACUUGCCAAUACACCUGGUAUACUUCCAUCUCUGCCAGUUAUUUCCUCUUCAAUUACAGAAAAGCUCAUUACCAAUGAUUUAUCUUUGGAUGCAAUGCCUAAAAAGAAGUCUCGCAAAUCGAGCAUGCCCAUCAAAAUUCAAAAAGAGGCCGUGGAUGUUGCAAGCGAAAAUUCUGAAAAUGUGGGUUCAGAAGAGGAUAGCCCUCCACAGUUGACCAGUGAUCAUGGCUUUGAAAUGCAUGUUAAAAACACAGAGACCAGGAUUUCAGGUGAGCUAGAGAGAGACCACAUUCAGUCUCCUGUUUCAUUUAAAUUUCACAGCACUGAAGGACAACAUGCUCAAUCUGAGAUGGAUAAAGAAUAUCAGAAUGCAUCUUCUGACUCAGAAAAUGAAUUUCCAUCAUUAGAAACGGAGAUUAAUCACAAACAAGAUCAUGAGUUAAAAAUGGCUUCAAGUGAAAAUAAAUAUGAACACUCAAACCACUUUAAUGUUGCAAAGCAGUUGGCUGAACCUUCCAUGUAUAAUAAUGAGCAGCCAAAACAUACAAACUCCGAAAACGGUAUUGAAUUUAGACAUUAUCCUGUGAGUGUUGGCUAUUUCGGUUCCAUGACUCAUAGGACCUCAGGCUUUGACUCUUUAGAUAAAGAUCAUGGUGAGCAAAACAUACGUAUUCCAAAAGAGGAGAAUCGCUUCCAUUGUGAGAUAUGCAAGAAAGCAUUUAAAAACCCAUACAGUGUUAAAAUGCAUUACAAAAAUGUACACCCCAAAGAAAUGCAUUUAUGUACAAUUGAUGGUUGCAAUGCCGCAUUCCCCUCCAGGAGAAGUAGAGACAGGCAUAGUUCUAAUCUGAAUCUUCAUCAUAAGCUAUUGACCAAAGACACUGUGGAAUUGCAGAACAGCUCCUACAGUAUUCCAUAUCUUUUAAAAGAUGUUACAAAGGGUUGCUAUCAGGACUCUCCAUUAAAAAACUCUGGGCAGACCUCUGUGAUCUUCAAAGGGAUGAACAGAACAGGGAGUCUGGUUUAUCCCAUGAACAAGAUCAGAGAGUCUUGUUUGGACAGCUUUGGGGCAGACCCAGUCAAUGACAGUGUUGUUUUGGAUCUAAGCACCACUUCGAGCAUGAAGUCUGGAAGCAGCUCUCAUUCAUCCUGGGACUCUGAUGGCUGUAGUGAAGAAGGAAAAAGCAUGACUUUGAAAGAGCGAACUAACGAAGCAUUUGAGAGCAGAAGAUGCACAGAAAACUCCCUUUACUGAAAAACCCCACAAUCACACUAUGGGUGUUGUAAUGCCAGCUGAAACGGUCUUACAUUUUUGUAGAAAAUAAUAAUCUGUAAGUAGGAUCCUGAUCGUCAGAUGUACAGUUUUGAUACUAUGUCAUAUAAGCAUUUUCACUGUAAUUAGAUGUAUUUUGACAUGUAUGCUAUGCACUUAUAUUCUGGGCAUUGUAGUAUUAAAAUGCUUAAAUUUCA